AUGUCUUUAGCUGUGCGUGCUCGAAGUCCAAAUACAGUGCGAAAGCUGAAUAAAAAUAAACUCUAUUUGCUUGGUCCUCGUUUUUGGCAUGUUCGAGGUCAUUUUAAGGUUUUAAAAGUGGUCGAUAUCGAAGCACAAAUGUCAAUAGUGCAAUUAAGCAACGGGAAAUUUCUUAUCAUCGAUACAAUUAAUAUGAAUGAUCGUCUUCGGCAAGAAAUUGAUAAUUUAACAAGUAAUGGAGACAACAUUGAAGCUGUUAUCGGUGUACAUCCAUUUCAUACAUUAUCGUUUCCAUCGUUUUAUCAAGCCUAUCCAAAAGCAGCUUAUUACGGUACACCAAGGCAUCUACGGCGAUUAACCGGAAUUCCAUGGGCUGGAGAUCUGAACGAUAGUAGUGUUAGAAAACAAUGGGAACCAGACGUUGAAAUGCGUAUUCCAGCAGGAGCUGAAUUUAUUAAUCCUCAGCCUGAGUCAACAAAUCAUUUUAUAAGUGUUUUUGUUUAUCAUUCAGCAUCUCAAACUCUUCAUGUUGAUGAUACAAUCAUGUAUACUGAAAAGCCAGGAUUUUUACUUCGAUUAAUGGGUUGUAGAGAUGGCGCAAUUGCAUUUCAUCCAGCCAUCAAAACUUUCGGUCUACAGCAAACACGUGAAGCACCCUAUUUAUUUCGUGAUUGGCUAUGUCAUGUAAUAUGUGAUUGGCCUUUCGAAAAUAUGUGCUGUGCACAUAUGGGUGUUAAAAUCGGUGGAGCCUAUCUUGAUGUUGUUAAAUUACUGAAAAAUACUGAACCAUUAUUUGUUAAAAUGAGUGAACAAAAUAAGAUGCGAUAUUUCGACGUAACAGAAACAUCUGAUUAUCAUACGAAUACGAAUAUUAAUGGUAAUGAAUGUGGAUAA